CAUCCGGCUUUGGAUCGCCCUUUUGGUGUAUUUUUGUUCUGAAAUUGAACAGAGAAAAUUUUAAAGAAAAAGCUCUCACACUCGCCUGCGACGAGCUCCUAGAACCGAGAGGAGGAUUUGAUGUGACGUUUUAAUGUUUAAGGAUCAAGAUAUGUCGGUGGUCUUUGACGGGAGUCCGCUGAAAGCGAUGCAGAGCUCACACAGUCUCACACCGCAGACUGCCCUGAGUGCUCAGGAACUGUCCCAGGAGAUCAAGUCCUUCAUCAGUGGUAUUGACACUGUUCAGGGUCGGAAGCUCAGUGUCAGGGAACACGCCCGCUGUGCUGUGCGCCUGCUGCGCUCUGUCCCCGCCUGCCGAGGGGCCGUCCUAGAGCAUCUGAGAGGUGUUUAUGAUGAGCACGUCUCUGCCUUCCUGCUUAACUUGGAGACAGAGGGCGAUGCUGGCUCAGGGGUCAGCUCCAACCUGGAGGAUAUCAUACAGGAGGUUCAUGGUGUGCUGUCAGAGUUCAUCCGACUCAACCCCAGGGCCUGGGCUCCUCUGGUGUCCGCCUGGGCCGUGGACUUGUUGGGCCAGCUGAGCAGCAAACAUGCUGGCCGCAGGGUAGCCCCCCACUCCUCCAGCCUCAAUGAGCUACUCCAGCUGUGGAUGUCCUGCGCUGCGACCCGGUCCCUCAUGGAAGCCUACUCCCAGUGUUUGGCUGCCAUGCUGGCCUGGUGCCCUGAUGCCUGUGUGGAUGCUCUGUUGGACACCUCAGUUCAGCACUCUCCGCAUUUUGACUGGGUGGUGGCUCAUAUCGGCUCUGCCUUCCCCGGUACUAUCAUCAGCCGUGUCUUGGCCUGUGGACUGAAGGACUUCUGCUCUCAUGGUGCUAAGGACCAGGGGCUGAUGGUGAUGGGAGUGGACAAAGGCAGCAGAGUGCCUAAGAUUGGCUCAGUAGUGGGAAUCCUUGGACACCUUGCUGCGCAUCACUCAGACAGCAUCAGGAAGGAGCUGCUCAGGAUGUUUCAGGAGAGCCUGAGUCCAUCAAGCCCUCUAUCUCCCACUUCAUCUUCUACGUCCUGGGAGACUUCGCCCCAGCUUCGUAGGGCUGCAGUGCCGUUUUUGCUGCAACUAGCUGCUAUGUCCCCCAACCUUUUUGGUGCCAUGUCUGCAGAGCUUGUCGAGCUGCUCCGCCCGCCUGUCCUGCUUCAGCUGCAGGCCUUGCUGCAGGGUCUCCCCAGAGAGGAGCUGGAUAACAUGCUAGGGCUGGCUGUGCACCUCAUUAGUCAGAGUCCAUCUGGAGGAGCCCGGGUGCUCCGUUUUCUGGCUGACACAGCUACCCCUGCCUCUGUCAUCAUCUCCGGCCCUACACCCUCCCCACAUGAAGGUGUCAGAGAAGGCUGCGAUCGCCUCCUCCAGAUGCUGCUUCUGCAUCUCCACAAACUGGUCUUCAACCGCUCAGAUGGAAGUGAAGUCAACACCCAUCACUCUGCUUCUCCUCAGCCACAGAGAGUUAUACCCUUCCUGGAGGAGCUGCAGUCUCACAUCGGUGAGCUCUGUGCUGAGACACUGCGACUGGAGAGGAAGCGCCACCUCUGGCUGCACCAGCUGUUAUGUUUGCUGUCAGUGUAUGGAGGUCCCAGCGUGGCCACUGAGGCGCUCUGCCAGCUUCUAACCCAGGCCCGCAACCCAGAAGAGUUGGCUCUGGCCUGGCAGCUGCACACCACGCUCUCAUCUUGCAUGGCGGGACUCAUCCCUGCUGCUGUGGCUCGCUGUGUAGCCCAGAUCCAUACUCACACUUUGGGGCCAAGACAGCUCAGGCAGCUGCUGCUCAACCUGGCUGCAGCCAUCCAGAGUCAGGAUGAGGAGAGAAGAGGAGCAGCUGCAGGCAUUCAGUCCUCCAUGGCUGUACAGGUGGGCUCAGCAGUCUCAGGAAACCUUCAUGACUUCAGCCCCCUGCUUCUCCACGGCGACCCGGCUGUAUCUCAUGCUGCUGUGCGCCUCCUGUCCUGUAGCCCACUUCCUCGCACCUCCUCCCCAGCACAACUGCUCCUGCUCUCCCGUGCUUCUGUCAGUCAUUUCUUUGUCGCGCUGCGGAAAAGAGGGGAAACAGGAAAAGUGGGGAGAGACAGCGGACAGGCGGGUGAGGCUGUGAACUGUUCAGUGCUGCUCCUCUCCCGUUUGGCAGCUUAUUCUCCGCUCACUCUCAAAGCUGUACUUCAGCAGCUAGUGGAGGGAGCGCUCCAUAAAGGCAAUGCUGAUCUGUUUGGAGGUCAGGCCACAGACAUGUCUGGUGCCCCUAUUACUGCCCCGUCUGUCUCUCCUGACCUUGGAGCCUCUCUGCUGGAUAUCAACUGUCGAUUUGGUACAACUGUCAACUUUUCUGGUGGUGUGUGGUCAGUGUUUCAUGCUGGAGUGAUCGGCAAGGGGCUGAAGGUUCGCACAACAGGACUGAUCCCUGAUCCAUCUGGUGUCAUCCAGAACACCCAGACUCUUCUGUCUGUCAUAAUCCAGUGUUGCAGCUCCUCGGGUCUCAAUGGCUCCAUCAAUGGCUCACGACAACCGUCUGACCCCGAUGAGCCACUGCCCAUCAAUGCUGAGGCAGCCAAGGUUGUUGCAGUCACACUGGUGGAAAAUGUUUGUCCUGAUGUUGCCAAUAGUGAACUGUCCUGGCCCCCAGAAGAGCACGCCCGCACCACAGUGGAGAGAGACAUCCAUAUCCGGCGUUGUUUCGAGGCCCAUCCUGUGCUCUUCCCUCUGCUUCAGGUGGUUGCAGCAGGGCGCCCGGCUCUCUGCUACUGCUCGGCAGUGCUCAGGGGCCUCCUGGCAACACUGCUGGCCCAAUGGGAGGCCUCUAGGGAGGUGCUUUCCACUGACUCCCCAUGGCACCUCCAGGCCUCUUGCCUCCUUGUGUCCUGCAUGGGAGAGGGCCAGCUCCUACCUCCUGUGCUAGCCAACGUCCACGAAGCCUUCCCCCACAUCACACCCUUCGAGGUGAGGCUGCUGCUCCUGGCUGUGUGGGAAUACGUGAGAGGCAACGGGCCCAUGCCUCAGAAGUUUGUCUUUAACUCAGAGAGGGGUCUGUUCUGCAGAGACUUCUCACGGGAUGGCGAUGUGGCAAGAUAUGUGGCACCAAUUCACAGUGUUCUGCAUAAAAACAUUGAUAGAUUGGGACAUUUGUGUUGGCGGUUUCAGCUUUAAAGGGCAAGUGGCAGGGAAUAGACGGACUGCAGGACUGUGGAAAACUGUGUUACAUUGCUCCAUGAGUGGACUGCAAAAUUGCCAUCACUGUGCUUAAAUUCAAGUCAAGUAUAGCUCUGUGCAGGUGUGUUUGUAAACCUUUUGUACCAUAUUUUUAGACUUUAUUUCUGACUUAUUGUGUCUGUAAAAAAAAGACAAGGUGACAUGAGAAAUGAGUGUGAAUGUUAUGCUAACAUCCUGUGUGCUUGUCACACAAACACAUCCUCAGUGUCUCGUCUUGGCUAGAAAAUACAAGGUAGCUCUUUUUAACAAUAGAUUUGUAUUAUUUUCAGAUUGUUCACAUUCUACAAUUUUGACUACAACCCUGUUGAAUUGUCACAUUUAAAAACUGAUGUUCACACCACUUUACAGAAUAAA